AUGGGUCGCAAAGAAAUAACUUGCAGUUGGAAGAAAGUCACCAACAACAUCAGAGAUGUGUUCGAAUUCAAACAAGCGCUGGGAUCGGGUUCGUUCUCCGAGGUGUAUUUGGUGCGAGAGAAGAAGACAGGAAACCUGUACGCCCUGAAGUGUCUGAAGAAAAAACACCUCAGCUGUAGCAACCUGGAGAACGAGAUCACUGUGCUGAAGAAGAUAAGGCAUGACAAUGUGAUUGGACUGGAAGAUUUCUAUGAGACUCAGACACACUAUUACCUCGUCAUGCAGCUGGUGUCUGGUGGAGAGCUGUUUGACCGUAUCAUAGAUCGGGGGGUGUACACAGAGAAGGACGCCAGCCAGCUGGUCCGCCAAGUACUGCAAGCUGUCAACUACCUUCACGAGAACAGCAUAGUGCACAGGGACCUCAAGCCAGAGAACCUGCUAUACUUCGACUCAGACGAGAACUCCAAGAUCAUGAUCAGUGACUUCGGCCUGUCCAAGAUGUCCGACCACGGAGUGAUGUCCACAGCCUGCGGCACGCCAGGAUAUGUUGCCCCUGAAGUUCUGACUCAGAAACCCUACAGCAAGGCAGUGGACUGCUGGUCCAUAGGAGUCAUCACAUACAUCCUGCUGUGUGGCUACCCUCCGUUCUUCGAGGACAACGAGACACGUCUGUUCGCUAAGAUCAUGAGGGCCGACUACGCUUUCCACUCGCCCUUUUGGGAUGAUAUCUCUGAGUCAGCGAAAGACUUCAUCCGGAACAUGAUGCAGAAGCACCCUAACAAACGGUUCACCACAGAACAGGCCCUCAGACACCCUUGGAUCAUUGGAAAGACAGCGAGGGAUCAGGACAUCUAUGAAUCAGUCAGCAUGCAGAUCCAGAGGAACUUUGCCAAGUCCAAAUGGAGGCAAGCCUUCAACGCCACAGCAGCCAUUAAACAUAUGAAGAAGCUGCAGUUGGCCCACGCCGACCCCGACGCCCCUCUCCCUCCCAUCCCUGCCAUAGCCAUCAACCCUUGCAACUCCCAGAAUCCCCUGCGGGGUGUCAACAACAUCACCACAGAGGACGUUGACGCCACCGGCAACCUCCCGAUCCCAGUGUGUCACAUGACCCCUCCAGAGGCACAGUACCGGGGCCUGAGAGCCAGUCACAGCGAGCCCAUGCACGCGCCGGUCGUCAUGGAGACAUAUAACGCAGAGAAUUGCUCCUCAUUCACGGCAGCUAAGAGCUGUGACGCCAUGAACAGGGCGACCAAUAGGAAUGGCCAGACGAUGCAGACUGGGGUGUGUUCUGUCAUGUGA